CUUUUUUGGCUCGUGGCUCAUUGGGAGCCGUGGACGCGCACUCGCGAGAAAGCGUAUGGCGCUGAACUUGCUGUACCGCUCUACCUUCAUCGAUGUGAACGAGUGCGCGUCGUUUCCGGAGGAAGUCCCCGAAAUAGCCCGGCGCGCUGGUAGCGCGCCACCUCCCCUUCGGCGCGACCCGAGCCCAAGCCGGGGGACGACACAGCUCUGGGUUGCUGCCUUGGCGCAGCGCGCCCAACAGCUGCACACCUUGCUGCGCUUGAAGCAGGUCGCGCCCACGGAGCCGGGCUUGGAGUCGCCCAAACUUUCGAAGCCGCGAAUGUUGUGGGCAGAGGUCGUCGACUGCUCCACGGAGGCGUCCAGCCUAGAGGAGGAGGCGAACGAGAGGCCAAAUGCAAUGAAGCCGCCAGCAGACCCCAAGGUCUUACGUUGGCCUAACGCGGGCAGCGUGGGCCAUCCAGCGAUCUGCAAAAGACCUUGUAUGCACUUUGUCGCCGGGAGCUGCACCAACGGCGAUCUUUGCGACUAUUGCCACCUCUCCCACAACAUGCGGCCCACACACCUAGACAAGAGGCAGCGUGAGCUGUUGACUACUUUGUCGGAGGCACGGCUGCUAGCGGUGGCGCUCCACUACCUCGAGGCCCAGGCGCGUGCUGAGGGCUUCUUCACAGAGGCUGCGGAGCUCUUCGCUCUGCUGCGGCACCAGGCGAACUUGGGCCCUGGGAAGUUGCCGGACCCGGAGCCGGCCGUGCCCAAGAAGGCUUGGCCCAAGUUUGACUACAUGAUACAGAGGAUGACGUUUCAGGGCAUCCUGGGCUUGGUGAUGAAGUCCAAGUCUAUCAACGAGGACUUCGCACAGCAAGUGGCCUGUGCCACGAACCGCAUGCGGCGUAAGCUGCUGCAGACCCAUGACUUUGCGUGAGAGAACCCUCUCGAAUGAGAGCCGCAAGAGCGGACAGCCGAACCAUCAUGCCAGGUUCGGCUACCCCGUCGCUGUGAGGAGGCUUUCUGCGUUGGGGGUGCUUGGUUGCAUAGGUGUCCUUUUGAUCGGUUAGCGUGG